UUUAUGCAUCCGACGUCAUGUUCCCUGGUGGAAUUCCUAUAUGAUAUCAUGCGCGGCCAUUUAGCCUUUUGCCGAGUUCAUUUACAUUUCCUAGCAGCUGCUGCACUUUUAACGAUGAAUACUCCAUGCAAAUAAGGUCCCUGAUCCCUGGUUCAUAAGCACACAUACACUUGUCCAUUCAAGCGGCAGCGAUAAGAGCACAGGAGUUGCAGGAAUUUCUCUCCCCGCAAACCCGAGUGCUUUCACAUUUGCAUUUUGUGCCAUCCAGUGUCUAAUACAUCAUGAGUAAGGCCACGCCGGCCACUGCACUGCUGCCGUUACCUGCAUUUUCCCCAUCAUCCCGCAAGAACGAUUGCAUUGUCACCAAGCUGACCAAUGUCCUGGCACGGACCCGCAUCAUCCUCCCUGACCGCUGCACCAACACUUUCUCCUGCCGGCAAUCCCAAUCCAAAGGUCAACUCAGUUGCACCCUGCUGGCGAACUUGUACUUCCUCCUCGUGUUCAUCCAUGCCGGCUACUACGUCCUGGAGAUCCUGUUCGGGUACGCCAGUGUCGGACGGGAUCAGUCCAUCAACUCCCUGAAGAACGCCAUCUUCAACAGCCGCUACGGGAUUAUGAUUUUGCGCAGCACGAUUCUGCUGGUCUUUUUCCGCUACCGCAGUAAAGAGUGCAUGGAGAUCGCCGGCGACGUGGCGGUGGAGCUGAAACAGUGCAGUCAUGAUGCACGCACUCUUUUGUGCCGCAUUAUCAUUGCCAUGGCCAUUAUCCUUUUCAGCUUCGUCAUUGCCUGGGAGGUGAUGGAUUUCGCCAUGUGGGAGACGGACUUCACCAGUACAUUAGCCCAGCAGGUGGAGGUGGGAUUAUUCAAUCAGAAAAUUCCCUUGUGGAAUCUCUUGCUAUCCUGGUAUCUGCUGGCCUCCCCGGUGAAUAUUCUCAUGAACCUGGCCAUGAUCUGUUUGGCCAGCAUCGUGCUGGGAUUGUUUGCAGCGUGGCGAUUGAUGAAUGGUUGGCUGAUACGCGAUAAACAUGUGUAUUUGUUGACUAAAUUUGAAGGAGACUGGGAGCGGCUGCGGAAGUUGGCCGAGCGGACGGAUGAUGUGUUCUCGGUAACGUUGUUCGUGGCGUUGGUGGGGGAUAUUGCGUGUGCGGUGGGCUAUGUGGGGUCCAUUGUGAUCUACGGGGCGGGAAGACCACUAGAGCAGAUUUACACGACCUUUGGAUUGUUCAUUCAUGCGGUAUGGUAUCCGGCGGGGUACAUCGUUCCGUGCAUUCUCUUCCAUGAAGAGGUAGCCACGACAAAUCGCUUGGUAAUGAGCGCAAUGGAGCCGCUUUUGAAUAAUGCCGAAGAAAGUGAGAUAACAAGCAAAACGAUGACACAUCUGAAUUUGAUAGUAUCCAAGAUCUCGUACCGACCGGAAGCCUUUACGGGAUGGAAGUUUUUCUUCAUAACCAGAAAUCUUGUGCUAACGAUCUCAACCGUUUUGGUAUCCUACGCGCUCAUCAUGGUGCAGCUGAUCGGACGCAAGCAGGACGUACAAGGUGUCGUCAAUCUGAUUAACGAGAAAAUGAACGCCAGCACCGGCUCCUCUUUAUGACAUUUACCAACGGUCUGCUCCGGGGAGUGGCGGAACGGGGCGUCCUUCCUGUCGUGAUAAAAGCUUACAAGCAUGCUGCAUCAGGAUACAUUCACGUAUUACGGCCAUGGUCAUAUCGCUUUCGAGAAUUUGUGAACGCAAUGAGGAAAAAAUUGUUGACUGCGCAUAAUUUUAUUAAAUACACGCAUAUGUUGUUGUCAUAAAAGGGGAUUGUUCUGAU